AUGCGAGCAUCAUUGACUCUGUUGGCUGGCUUGGCUGUCAGUCCGGCUUUGGCUGGGUGUCCAUACGGCUUCGACAAGAGAUCAGAUGCCGACGACCAUGCAAAACUUCAAGCCCACGCCAACAUGCGCCGAAGCGUUCCUUCUUCCAGCGUUGCUUCUGCCGCCCCGACUUCCAGCAGCAGCGCUGAUGGCAGCAAGGGUGUCUCUAUGAUGAACCGAAUUGCUUCCGGAACGUCCAACCUGUAUAUUGCCAAUGCAGAUGGUACCAAUGAGCGACAACUUCUCCCAGACCCGGCAUAUGAUUAUCAUCCCAACUCGUCGUUGAUGAGUGGUUACUUCCGCCCCGCUUGGUCUCCUGAUGGAGAAUGGAUUGUAUUUUCAUCGGAUCGGAACACGCAAUGGAGUGGUCAUGGAGAACCAAACUAUCUGGGUCUCACUAAAUGGGAGACGACGCAAGAGCUCUCAAUCUAUGUGAUCCGUCUCGAUGGAACAGACUUCCGCCAAAUCGCUACGAAGCCCUACUACUGCCUAGGAUCUCCCAAGUGGUCCAAAGAUGGCAAACGUCUUGUCUACUACGAGAUGACACGCGAGGACACCUACAACGCGCACAGUUCAUUUAGUCUCUCAUCAGCAAACUCCACCAUCGUUUCGGUGGAUGUUGCGACAGGCAAAGACCGAAAAGUGGAAGCUGAUGGUGCUGGCAUCAAAGUUUUCCCUCAGUACAUUGACAACAACGGAACCAUUGCCUAUUUGCUCAAGAGCGGCGGAUCCAAUGAAGGCUUCUACACCACUUCUGGUUCGUUUACCAAUUUCACUGGCACCGUGCGCUCACCUUGCUGGUCGCCCAAUGGCAAGCAAGUCGUGUACGAGAAGACCACUUGGGUGGUUCGUGAUGGUUACAAGCAACUUUACAACUGGGACCCUGAAUGGGACUACCGCUUCACCGACGUCUUCCCCCAGUACUCCGGAGUGGAUGGGCGAAUCGCAUCACUCAAAAGCAACUUGGAAACUCUUCCAUCCACAGCUGAUUUCCUCUCAUCAUCGCAAACCUCCGGCGCUGCGGCUUACAACCCGAACUGGUCUCGCGACGGCGAAUGGCUUGUAUUCGGAGUCGGAUUCUGGUUCGAGACUCGCGAAGCAUCCGGUGGCUGGAUUGUGCAGUCGACCGCCAAUGGCUUCUACUCCGAGGUCCUUGUCGACAGUGCAUACUCCAUCACAAACAGCACUACCCUCAACAAUGGCUACCCUAGCUUUUCACACGACGGCAAGAAGGUCGUAUACCGUGUCUGGGGUGCUGACACUGCAACCUACGGCAAGAAGUCUGAGAUCGGUCUUCGAAUUCUCGAUCUCGAGACGAGAAAAAUGACAGUCUUGACUACUGAAUGGGAUAACCUUCCGGAAUACUCCCCGGAUGGAGAACUCAUCCUCUUCACCCGGAAAACAAGUGCUUCAACUACGAUCGGAGCCAAUGAUGCGCAUGCUGUCUGGUCUCAUGAUGGUCGCAUUAUGUGGUCGACUGGCAUGAAUGGGUUCCGGUAUGAAUGUGAAUUAUAUGACGAUACUUUCCAGCCCUAUGACCAGAUCAUGAUUAUGAACAAGGAUGGUUCAAAAAAGACACCUCUGACGGACUCCAUGUGGGAAGAUUCCAUGCCGCUGUAUCUCCCCAAGGCUGUUCUAUGA